GUGACGCGCGAGGAGGAAGUCUCGUGGUGGUGACGUAGUUCCUGUCCAGGGAGCGGCGGGGGACGCGCUCGCCCGGCGGCCGCGAUGGGGGGGGGAGACCUGAACCUGAAGAAGAGCUGGCACCCGCAGACGCUGCGCAAUGUGGAGAAGGUGUGGAAGGCGGAGCAGAAGCACGAGGCCGAGAGGAGGAAGAUCGAGGAGCUGCAGCGGGAGCUGCAGGAGGAGCGGGCGCGCGAGGAGAUGCAGCGCUACGCCGAGGACAUGGGCACCGUGCGGAAGCGCGAGGAGAAGCUGGAGUGGAUGUACCAGGGCCCCGGGGGCAUGGUGAGCAGGGACGAGUACCUGCUGGGACGCCCCGUGGACAAGUUCAUCCUGGCCAAGGUUGGGGACAAGGACGGCGAGCUGGGCGGCGACGCGGCGCUGCCGCCCGGCUCCGGCGGCGCCCGCGCCGGGCCCGGCUCCGUGCUGGACAUGGCCACCAAGAUCCGCGAGGACCCGCUCUUCAUCAUCAGGAAGAGGGAGGAGGAAAAGAAAAGAGAAGUUUUGAACAAUCCAGUGAAAAUGAAGAAAAUCAAAGCCUUGCUUCAGAGCAGUUUGGAGAAAAAGGAGAGGAAGAAGAAGAAGGAAAAGAAGAGGAAGCACAAAAAGCACCGACGGCGCAGCUCCAGCACCUCCAGCUCCGAGGAGGAGGAAAAAACCAGAAAUAAGUCUCAGAAAAAGCUGGAGAAUUCCUCCUGCAAAGCUGCUCCUUCCAAAAUCCCGGGAUAUGGUUUGCAGUCGCAGGUGAGGCGCCCCCGGAGCCCCUCCAGGUCCCCCCAGGAACGUUCCAGCAGGAGGAACCCCCAGAGGAGCUCCGCGUCCCCCUCCAGGCCCAGCCGAGUGCACAGCAGCCGGGAGGAGAAAGGCAGAAGCAGGAGUCCUUCCCCAAAAAAAAGCUUCAGGCGCCAGCACCCCCCGGGCUACACCAGGAAGAUUUCUCCUGAGGAACUGGAGAGGAAACGUCAGGAAAUGAUGGAAAAUGCCAAGUGGAGGGAGGAGGAGAGAGCCAAAAACCUGAGGAAGCACCGAAAGGAGGAGGAGCUGGAGAGGGAGCUGGAGAAACUCGACUCCAGGGAUGGGAAAUUCUUCCACCGUUUGAAGCUGGAGAGUGCCUCCACCUCCAGCCUGGAGGAUCGAGUCAAACGCAACAUCCACUCCCUGCAGAGGACUCCUGCUGCCCUGGAAAAGAAUUUUAUGCAGAGGUGAAGCCUGAGCUGGCUGGAUUUUGGUUCCCGGAGGUGAGAGAGCUCUGCAGGAACAAUUCCAGCUCCCCAGAGCGUUGAGGGGCUCCGAGUUUGGAGAUUUUGUGUUUUAAUUCUCAGCAGAGCUGCUGGUGUCACUUUUGUACAUUAUUACCAAACUUCCUGCCAGUGCCAGGGUCGAAGAUUUAUUUUUGUUGAUCCUCAAAAUGCAGAGCAGAACAGUGGAACCACCAAAUGGAAUUUGAGAAAAGCACUCAAACCCUGUUCCACACUUUCACCCUUUGCACCCACCCCUGGCAGCAGCUCCUCGGUCCCUCUCGCGUUUAUUUCAUUAAUAUUUGACCCCAAAAAAAUCUGUUUAUGAGGGGUGUGGGGAGCAAAAGGGCAACGAGCAAGAGCGCAGCUGGCACGGCAAGCGUUUCUCUGGGAUUUUCUAAUGUAAGUAAUGUGUAUAUGUACAGCAGCGUAGAUUUAUUUGACAUUUUUAAUUAACAA